GACCUGAAGAGCGAGCAAGCACGGUUCAGGGAGGUCGUGCUGCAGUCCAUGGCCACUUUACGAUUUGCAUCCGUCCAGCGGGGAGUCCACCAAGCAUACCCGCACGACGAUCCAAAGGUGAUCGGGACGGAUGCCUCCAGCGAUGCACCGUUUGAGGAAGCACAUGCCCUCGGCAGCCAUGGGCUUGACAAUGUACGCUCGAGAAAGCCACCCGCACUUUCUCCUACACCAGAAGGUGCCAUCCCGCGAUUCCAAGCAGCUGAGGCGGACGUGCUGGAGACGCCGAUGUCCGCGGUGUCCAUUGGUGUCCGGUGUCGCGACAUCUGA